AUGGAUCUGUUAGGGGUUGACGGGUCCUCCCUCUCGGUUGCAUUUUCCCGGCCAGAUCUACUUGCUAUGGUUGUUUCGGGCUCGGUGGAGGCUGACUGUUCCACUUCACCAGUUCAUCAUGUCCUCCGUGUCGGUGGAGGCCGGAGUUGCGGGAGCGACUUCGAUUGGAAGGUUGUGUGUUCCCAUAUCCUCAGAUCGGCGCUAGACUCGGCGUGUUUUGGCGUCGGUUCUGUGGGGACAGUAUGUCUCGGUUCGUUUGCACCCUAUGUCGAUAAUCGAGGUCGUCACGUGCAGCUUUCGGUAUUCCACCUGAGCCGAGACUUAUAUGGUCAUCAGAGUUCGGCUCGACGGUGGGGCAGCGGCGGCAAAAGUUUGGCCGGCAUCUGCUUAGAGAAAUUAUGUUUUCUUUGGACCUCACAUGUUGUUUCUGGCCAGACCUCUUAA